AGGCUUCGCUGUUUGCCUCAUCAGAAUUUUCUCGGCCAGCAGCUGCCUUAGCCGUGUUUCACAGCAUCACUCCCUCCGACCCUCCCCACUUCUUAUCCUCAUGUCCGCUGUUCUCUUGCCCUGCACAUCUUUCCCAUUCAAAUUGAGUCGACUAUCUCGUCGAAGCGUUGUUGUUCGCGCUGCGGUUUCAGCUCCAGAGAAGCGAACGAGAAGGAAGAGGCAGCUAAAGGAUGACGACCCCGCGCUUGAGAAUGGGCUUCGCUUCACUUUCAUGGAGGAGCUCAUGGACCGGGCCCGGAACCACGACUCCGUCGGUGUCUCUGAGGUUAUCUACGACAUGAUUGCUGCUGGGCUCAGUCCCGGUCCCAGGUCCUUUCAUGGCUUGAUAGUCUCCCAUGUCCUCAACGGCGAUGAAGAAGCCGCGAUACAAUCGCUGAGAAGAGAGCUGAGUGCAGGGCUUCGCCCUGUUCACGAGACAUUUCUGGCCUUGAUCAGAUUAUUUGGGUGCAAAGGGCGUGCCGCCAGAGGUCUAGAAAUACUUGCGGCUAUGGAAAAUCUAAAUUUUGACAUACGUCAAGCAUGGAUAGUGCUUAUUGAGGAACUUGUUAGGAGCAAUCAUUUGGAAGAUGCCAACCGAGUGUUCUUUGAAGGUGCCAAAGGAGGCCUGAGAGCUACUGAUAAGGUUUAUGAUCUUCUAAUUGAGGAAGACUGCAAAGUGGGGGAUCAUUCCAAUGCCUUAGAAAUUGCAUAUGAGAUGGAGGCGGCAGGGAGGAUGGCAACAACAUUUCAUUUCAACUGUCUGCUCAGCGUGCAGGCUACCUGCGGAAUACCUGAAAUAGCUUUUGCUACAUUUCAGAAUAUGGAGUAUGGAGAAGAUUUUAUGAAGCCUGACACGGACACCUACAAUUGGGUUAUUCAAGCAUAUACUAGAGCUGAAUCUUAUGACAGAAUGCAAGAUGUUGCUGAGUUGCUUGGCAUGAUGGUUGAAGAUCACAAGCGCAUACAACCAAAUGCUAAGACCCAUGCGCUGCUAGUGGAAUGUUUUACCAAGUACUGCGUUGUAAGAGAAGCUAUCAGGCAUUUUCGUGCCCUUAAAAACUUUGAAGGUGGCACAAUUUUGCUUCAUAAUGAAGGGAACUAUGGAGAUCCACUUUCAUUGUAUCUACGGGCUUUGUGUCGGGAAGGAAGGAUUGUUGAAAUGCUUGAAGCUUUGGAAGUUAUGGCCAAAGAUAAGCAAGCAAUUCCACCACGAGCGAUGAUAUUGAGCAGAAAAUACCGGACUUUGGUCAGCUCAUGGAUUGAACCUUUACAAGAGGAGGCUGAACUUGGUUAUGAGAUCGAUUACAUUGCUAGGUAUAUCGCAGAGGGUGGCCUUACUGGAGAGCGCAAGCGAUGGGUUCCUCGAAGAGGAAAAAUGCCUCUAGACCCUGAUGCUACUGGAUUUAUAUAUUCCAACCCUAUGGAAACCUCCUUUAAACAAAGGUGUCUUGAGAAGUGGAAAAUGCACCAUCGGAAACUUCUAAAGACGUUACAAAAUGAAGGACUUUCAGCCUUAGGUGAUGGUGUAUCUGAAUUUGAUUACAUUAAGGUGGAGGAGAGAUUAAAGAAAAUUAUAAAGGGUCCUGAGCAGAAUGUUUUAAAGCCCAAGGCUGCUAGUAAGAUGAUAGUGUCAGAAUUGAAGGAAGAACUGGAAGCCCAAGGUCUGCCAACUGAUGGAACUAGAAACGUUCUUUACCAGCGCGUACAGAAAGCAAGGAGAAUAAAUCGAUCUCGUGGUCGGCCCCUUUGGGUUCCUCCUGUGGAGGAAGAGGAAGAAGAGGUGGAUGAACAGUUGGAUGCAUUAAUUUCAAGAAUAAAGCUGCAUGAAGGAGAGACUGAGUUUUGGAAGCGUCGCUUCUUGGGAGAAGCCAUGACUAAUAAUCAUGAAAAGUCAGUGGAUGCCGGUAAACCUGAGCCUUCUGAAAUUUUGGAUGAUGUUGAAGCUGUGGAAGAUGCUGCAAAAGAUGUUGAAGAUGAUGAAGCUGAGGAGGAGGAGGAGGAAGCAGAACAGCCUGAAGAAGCAGAACCAGCAGACAACCAAGAUGUAGACAGAGUAAAGGACAAUGAAGUUGAAGCUAAAAAGCCUCUUCAAAUGAUUGUUCAAUUGUUGAAAGAUCCUGACCAACCGAACUCCACAUCAAAAAACUCAAAAAGAGCAUCAAAGUUGCAGGUCGAGGAUGACGAUGACGAUGAUUGGUUUCCUGAGGAUAUAUUUGAGGCAUUUAAGGAGCUAAGAAAAAGGAAAGUGUUUGAUGUAUCAGACAUGUAUACCAUAGCUGAUGCCUGGGGGUGGACAUGGGAGAAGGAAUUUAAGAACAAAUGUCCACGUAGGUGGUCUCAGGAAUGGGAAGUUGAGUUAGCCAUUCAAGUUAUGCAGAAGGUUAUAGAACUGGGAGGAACCCCAACUAUUGGCGACUGUGCUAUAAUCUUGCGUGCUGCCAUAAGAGCACCUUUGCCUUCAUCUUUCUUGACGAUAUUGCAGACAACUCAUAGUCUUGGUUAUAAAUUUGGGAGACCGCUUUAUGAUGAGAUCAUCUCAGUGUGCCUUGAUCUCGGGGAGCUAGAUGCGGCUGUAGCAGUAGUUGCUGACUUGGAGACGACAGGGAUCGUAGUUUCAGAUGAGACCUUGGACAGGGUGAUAUCAGCUAAACAGGUGAUUGACAACACCUCCAAUGCCGGUGGUGCUGAAUCAUCGUAAGUCUAUUGCUGCCGUUCUGUGCUUCAAAUUUUGAGAGAGGUCAAAAGCUAUGAAUAUUCCUAAAAUUAAAAAGUUACUGAAAAUUGAAGCACAUGCUCUCAGCGGGGGAUUCCUUAGUCCUAGGGAGGUGAUGUGAUUUUUGGAGUUUCUGCCCUGUCCAUGGCCUUGUCAUCCUCAUUGCUCUCCACGCAUACCAGUUGCAACGGAGGAGCUUGGGAAUCCAGAUAUGCGAAUGACAAUUCCAAGUUUCCAACUUCCCUGCUGACCAUUACACCUCAGUCUUUCUCAAAUCUAAUGAAGCCAAACUCUGCUUCUCCGGUGGAAUCGAAAGCGGCUUUUCUCUACUGACUGUAGAUAUUACUUCAGUUUUGUACUGUUGGAUUACGUACGGUGAUUCAAAAUUGAUAAUUUUUUAAACAAAUAAAUUAAUUAAAGCUCCUUAAAAAACA